UUGGGAGCCGUCUGGGUUAUCAGAUCGACUGUCUGCAAGUAUUGCAUUGUUUGUGUUCAAAUCACCCUUAUUUUCCAUCAUAAUGGCCCCAAAGCACAAGAGUAGUGAUGCUGGGAAUUUGGAUAGGCCAAAGAGAAGCCGUAAAGUGCUUCCUCUAAGUGAAAAGGUGAAAGUUCUCGACUUAAUCAGGAAAGACAAAAAAUCCUAUGCUGAGGUUGCUAAGAUCUACGGGAAGAAUGAAUCUUCCAUCCGUGAAAUUGUGAAGAAGGAAAAAGAAAUUCGUGCUAGUUUUGCUGUCUCACCUCCAACUGCUAAAGUGACGGCCACAGUGCGCGAUAAGUGCUUAGUUAAGAUGGAACAGGCACUGCAUUUGUGGGUGGAAGAGAUGAACAGAAAACAUGUCCCCAUUGACAGCAACAUGUUGCGCCAGAAAGCCUUGAGCCUAUACCAAGACUUCAGCAAGGGAUGCUCUGAAACUGACACCAAGCCAUUUACUGCGAGUAAGGGAUGGUUACACAGAUUCAGGCAUAGAUUCUCACAUCAUUACAAGAAGAAGAAGAAGGGGAUCAUGGCCCAAGUUGCAAUGUCCACCCUGCCCGUUGAAGAUGAGGAGUCCUCGGAGAGCAGGAUGGUGGUGACAUUCCUCAUGUCAGCUCUCGAGUCCAUGUGUAAAGAACUGGCCAAGUCCAAAGCCGAAGUGGCCUGCAUUGCAGUGUACGAAACAGACGUGUUUGUCGUCGGAACUGAAAGAGGACGUGCUUUUGUCAAUACCAGAAAGGAUUUUCAAAAAGAUUUUGUAAAAUAUUGUGUUGAAGAAGAAGAAAAAGCUGCAGAGAUGCAUAAAAUGAAAUCUACAACCCAGGCAAAUCGGAUGAGUGUAGAUGCUGUAGAAAUUGAAACACUCAGAAAAACAGUUGAGGACUAUUUCUGCUUUUGCUAUGGGAAAGCUUUAGGCAAAUCCACAGUGGUACCUGUACCAUAUGAGAAGAUGCUGCGAGACCAGUCGGCUGUGGUAGUGCAGGGGCUUCCGGAAGGUGUUGCCUUUAAACACCCCGAGAACUAUGAUCUUGCAACCCUGAAAUGGAUUUUGGAGAACAAAGCAGGGAUUUCAUUCAUCAUUAAGAGACCUUUUUUAGAGCCAAAGAAGCAUGUAGGUGGUCGUGUGAUGGUAACAGAUGCUGACAGGUCAAUACUAUCUCCAGGUGGAAGUUGUGGCCCCAUCAAAGUGAAAACUGAACCCACAGAAGAUUCUGGCAUUUCCCUGGAAAUGGCAGCUGUGACAGUAAAGGAAGAAUCAGAAGAUCCUGAUUAUUAUCAGUAUAACAUUCAAGGAAGCCACCAUUCUUCAGAGGGCAAUGAAGGCACAGAAAUGGAAGUACCAGCAGAAGAUGAUGAUUAUUCUCCACCGUCUAAGAGACCAAAGGCCAAUGAGCUACCGCAGCCACCAGUCCCGGAACCCGCCAAUGCUGGGAAGCGGAAAGUGAGGGAGUUCAACUUCGAGAAAUGGAAUGCUCGCAUCACUGAUCUACGUAAACAAGUCGAAGAAUUGUUUGAAAGGAAAUAUGCUCAAGCCAUAAAAGCCAAAGGUCCGGUGACGAUCCCAUACCCUCUUUUCCAGUCUCAUGUUGAAGAUCUUUAUGUAGAAGGACUUCCUGAAGGAAUUCCUUUUAGAAGGCCAUCUACUUACGGAAUUCCUCGCCUGGAGAGGAUAUUACUUGCAAAGGAAAGGAUUCGUUUUGUGAUUAAGAAACAUGAGCUUCUGAAUUCAACACGUGAAGAUUUACAGCUUGAUAAGCCAGCUUCAGGAGUAAAGGAAGAAUGGUAUGCCAGAAUCACUAAAUUAAGAAAGAUGGUGGAUCAGCUUUUCUGCAAAAAAUUUGCGGAAGCCUUGGGGAGCACUGAAGCCAAGGCUGUACCGUACCAAAAAUUUGAGGCACACCCGAAUGAUCUGUACGUGGAAGGACUGCCAGAAAACAUUCCUUUCCGAAGUCCCUCAUGGUAUGGAAUCCCAAGGCUGGAAAAAAUCAUUCAAGUGGGCAAUCGAAUUAAAUUUGUUAUUAAAAGACCAGAACUUCUGACUCACAGUACCACUGAAGUUACUCAGCCAAGAACGAAUACACCAGUCAAAGAAGAUUGGAAUGUCAGAAUUACCAAGCUACGGAAGCAAGUGGAAGAGAUUUUUAAUUUGAAAUUUGCUCAAGCUCUUGGACUCACCGAGGCGGUAAAAGUACCAUAUCCUGUGUUUGAAUCAAACCCGGAGUUCUUGUACGUGGAAGGCUUGCCAGAGGGGAUUCCCUUCCGAAGCCCUACCUGGUUUGGAAUUCCACGACUUGAAAGGAUCGUCCGCGGGAGUAAUAAAAUCAAGUUCGUUGUUAAAAAACCUGAACUAGUUAUUUCCUACUUGCCUCCUGGGAUGGCUAGUAAAAUAAACACUAAAGCUUUGCAGUCCCCCAAAAGACCACGAAGUCCUGGGAGUAAUUCAAAGGUUCCUGAAAUUGAGGUCACUGUGGAAGGCCCUAAUAACAACAAUCCUCAAACCUCAGCUGUUCGAACCCCGACCCAGACUAAUGGUUCUAACGUUCCCUUCAAGCCACGAGGGAGAGAGUUUUCCUUUGAGGCCUGGAAUGCCAAAAUCACGGACCUAAAACAGAAAGUUGAAAAUCUCUUCAAUGAGAAAUGUGGGGAAGCUCUUGGCCUUAAACAAGCUGUGAAGGUGCCGUUCGCGUUAUUUGAGUCUUUCCCGGAAGACUUUUAUGUGGAAGGCUUACCUGAGGGUGUGCCAUUCAGAAGACCAUCGACUUUUGGCAUUCCGAGGCUGGAGAAGAUACUCAGAAACAAAGCCAAAAUUAAGUUCAUCAUUAAAAAGCCCGAAAUGUUUGAGACGGCGAUUAAGGAGAGCACCUCCUCUAAGAGCCCUCCCAGAAAAAUAAAUUCAUCACCCAAUGUUAAUACUACUGCAUCAGGUGUUGAAGACCUUAACAUCAUUCAGGUGACAAUUCCAGAUGAUGAUAAUGAAAGACUCUCGAAAGUUGAAAAAGCUAGACAGCUAAGAGAACAAGUGAAUGACCUCUUUAGUCGGAAAUUUGGUGAAGCUAUUGGUAUGGGUUUUCCUGUGAAAGUUCCCUACAGGAAAAUCACAAUUAACCCUGGCUGUGUGGUGGUUGAUGGCAUGCCCCCGGGGGUGUCCUUCAAAGCCCCCAGCUACCUGGAAAUCAGCUCCAUGAGAAGGAUCUUAGACUCUGCCGAGUUUAUCAAAUUCACGGUCAUUAGACCAUUUCCAGGACUUGUGAUUAAUAACCAGCUGGUUGAUCAGAGUGAGUCAGAAGGCCCCGUGAUACAAGAAUCAGCUGAACCAAGCCAGUUGGAAGUUCCAGCCACAGAAGAAAUAAAAGAGACUGAUGGAAGCUCUCAGAUCAAGCAAGAACCAGACCCCACGUGGUAGACCUCUUCCCUCCUAGGGUAAAUCAGCUUCUGUGUCAGGGAUGCUGUGUGGUGUCCAUCUGAACCCCCUGCAUACGCGUAGCUAAUGUGAUCUCCCCACUUUCACAUAAGAUGGUGGCCCUGCCUUCAGGGAAUGUGGGAGCCAGGUGGGAGCCUUCCCGGAUAUUUAAGCUAGAAGAUUCUACAGGGAGAUUCUCCUUGGAUCAAUAUAUGUCUCUCAGUCAAAGAUGUAAAAGCACUUUUGCCUUAAAAAGAAUGUUCUGUUUCUAAAUAGAGUCAACGUUGUCCUCCUCAUUGGAAUUCACUAUGAGUCAGAAUCAUUAGACUGACUUUUUUUUUUUCCAUAGUAAUAGUAUUUUGCAGAGUCUCACAGAGCUGCAGAUCUUUUGUUCAUCUUGCAGAGUUGAGUUAACAAGUCUGAUCCUAUUAUUCCAGAUUUCUUAAAUUUGGCCAAGUUAUAAUAGGAGCAGUAGCUUGAGACCCGAAGUCAGGAAACUUUGACAAUGGAUUUUUUUUUUUAAUCCAGAGACUUGUACUGGAAUUUGCCUUACCCUGUCAGCUCAUGGACUUAAGGUUUCAUCCCGCUUUAUGAGUGCUUCUGAAUCCAAGUCAUUGUUACCCGAAUUUGCAGAUUAAGUUGUGAUAUUCGUGACUGUUAAAUUCCUGUAAUUAGAUUAACCUCUUUGCUUGCUUGUUUGUUUUCUCUCCUAUUUUAGCUUAAAGUAUCAGUGGUUGAGAAGAGCUUUUCGGACCUGUUACUACCCCAAGCUGUGUAAUAUACUUGUAUAACAGAAAUACCUUCUAUACAAACCUUUUUUUCUACUUUUAGAUAGAAAUGUCUACUUUUUCAGCAGUUCUGUGAAUUAAAGAGCAGAGUGACUGUGGGUCUGGAAUGGCUGGUGUACUUGGGAAUGUACUAUCAGGAUUUUACAGCAAUGCUGGGAAAUGACAGGGAAAAUGACAGGAAUGAAUCUCACCAGAUUUUUUAUGUACUUAGCAGAGCCUUGAGUUACGGUGUUUAUUUUCCAAUCAAGUGAAGAUAUCUCCUACUUCUCCUACUGGAACGUCUCAGCUUCUGCAGUGAAGAAAAAUUCCUGUGAUAGUUCAGUUCUUUAGUUUUUCUAUUUGAAAAAAAAAAAAAUCAUUUAAAUGAUCCUUUGUUCACGGCUCUCCUUAAUGACUGAGUGAACAGUUCCUAUCUGUAUAUUUGACUAAACCUUUUCCUAAGCUAUCUCUCAUGGUUCCUAUGUUUUUUUAUCAUAAUUAAAAGCAAAACCAUCUGGAUCACCUAACAGUCAGAGGUCAGUAUCUCAGCGUGUGAAUUAUAGAGUAAAUACAGAGAGAACCUCUUCCACUUUUACUUUUCGUCCAAAUAAAAUGCAUGGUGUACCAGAAGUUGAAGAUCGGGUUGAGGAUUGGGGCUAGCUCGAUGACACUAAGGCCCCAACAUCGCGGGACCUGCUGUGGCGCGGAUUCUUAGGAACGCUGUUCUAGCCGGCCCCCUCUCCAGGGGUCGCCGUGGCCGGCAUUAUUUCCUAGUUCUUCUUGUAACCCUGAGGUGCCAGCGCGGGGAGUGAGGAGGGGUCAGGGGGCUAAGGAUGCAACCUCUGACGUUCUGCGCCUUCCUAGGAGAGUCUUACAUGUGUUGAGAUUUCACAAGCAAUGCGAGUUGUAAAAUACCAGCUCUACAAGAAGCUAGGCUCUGUGACGGCAUAGUUUUCAGUAGCUUUAUCACAAUAUUCACAAUGGAGAAUUAUAUGACAUGGUAGCAGAAAUAGGCCCUUUUAUGUGUUGCUUCUAUUUUACCUCAAAUUGUAGAUAUAGGGUAAUCAAUAAAAUCCAUCCAUGCCUUUCACACACUAA